CAUACUGCUUCCGUGUAAACAAUCCUGACUGCUUGUUGUAUCGCCUUCACUUUUUUGAGACAGCGCGUGAAUUUGACAUACUUUCUCAAUAAUCGCACACCUUUUAAUAUGAGUUUGCUUAAUCAAGGUCGAAAUGAGAUACGGUUCAACAACUCUGAAGGAAAAUGUUUGCUAGAGAACUGGGUCGAAGAGAGAGCGGUGAAGGAGAUAGUACCAGACAAUGCUAAUAGUAAUGUUGCCAGUGCUCAGGGGUUUAAAGAUGGACAUCAAGGAAUCCUAUCAACGGCAUUCGAUGCUAAACCUGAGAAGCUCACAACAUUUACCGAUUCAUAUAGGGAACCUGUUAGGCCUGAUGUCAGACAGAUAGGGAAAAAAGCAGAAUUAAUGCAGCAGAUGUUGUUUGAGAAAGUCAGUCAAGAAGUGCAUGAUGAGUUCAACCAACCACCACCAGAGGCCGACUUCAGAUCUGUCACAAUGGCUGACUUCAACAAGCCUGAUUUUGUGUCCAUCAAACCUAAACCCACAGCUAAUCAUGAUUACCGGACAGAUCAGCCAGUCAGCUUCUGGUCAGAGCACAGAGACAGAGCAACAGGUGUGACGCAGGUGAAGACCCGAGACACAGCGUUUCGCAAGAAUGAUGGCUUCAGUAAACCAAUCAGUGAAUACUGGGAUGAACCACAGCCAUAUGAGCUGGAAAACUAUCCCAAAAUGUGAACAUUUUUAACUUUGUGAUAAACAUGUUUUGGACAGUACAGAUUUUGAAAAGAUACACUUCAUAGCAGGAAUAUGGAGGGUUACAUGUGCUUCUCAAGUAUAAGAUUUAUUGUAAUAAUACAUUCUUGGCAAUAGCAAACUCAUCUACAUCUAUGUUUCAUAUUUCUUUCCGUCAAUUCUGAAUAUAUUUAGGUCAAAGCUCCUUUCUAAAAUUGGUUUUAUCGCUGGAUGUGGUCAUCUGGAUCUAUCCUAACUUUAACCAUUUUGUUAAGAUGUGGUGUGCAAGCCUGUCACUAGACUGAUCUUGUCCAUAUAUUGUACAGUCAUUUAUUAAUAAAUGCUAUUGUAAAUACA